AUGGGAUUUGGGAGGAGUAUGCUUAGCCAUGUGUUGGCUGUUCUGGUUCUCUUGGUCGCCCAGUCCAUCGCAGGCUUCACCAACGCGUUUGACAGCAUCACCAGCGGAUCGAGCGUAGCGCUGACAUGGGACGCCGUGGAACCGCAACACUACCCGCUGCGCAUCACGGCGCAGGUGAUUGAUAAGAAUGGCGACGGUUUCAGCGCGAAUGCGUACCGGGUGAAUAUCACAACUGGCGCCAGUGGGACUUCGUACUUGUGGGCAGGCGCCCCAUACCCGCUCCGCUGGGUUCCCAACGGACUGUACCAGAUCGAACUGUGGCCAAUGAGUUGGACUGGAGAUGAUGUGCCGUUGCUGGCCAAGUCACCGUUUUUCAGCAUCGAUUCAGGGAAUGCGGUGCAGACGGAUGACCCAGCAGACGAGCCAACGCCAGAAGAACCCCCGAGUGAUGACGGGCCAGUCAUCAGCAAGGCGGCAGCUAUUGGGCUCGGUGUGGCCGUUGGGUUGCCUGCAGUUGUGGGAGCGCUGGUUGUGGGCUGGUGUGUCUGGAAGCGGCAGCAAAAAGCGGCCACAGAAAAGAGGCGGCUUAAGAGACACGAUUUUGUUAUUAGCUGA